AUGAAACGAGAAUUUGAGAUGACUGAUCUGGGGUUGCUACAUUUUUUUCUUGGCAAGGAGAUUAAACAAAGCAAUGGAGGAUUUUUUAUCUCACAGCAGAAGUAUGCCAGAGAAGUGUUGAAAAAGUUCAAAAUGGAAAAUGCAAAUUCUGUAAGUACGCCAGUUGCAGUUGGUUUGAAACUAAGCAAGAAUGAUGAUUCUGAGCUUAUUGAUCCUAUAUUAUUUCAGAGUCUCGUGGGAAACUUAAUGUAUCUUACUGCUACAAGACUCGACAUUGCUUAUGAGGUCAGUUUAAUUAGCAGUGACUGGGCAGGAGACCAUGAUGACAGUAAGAGCACAUCAGGAAAUGUGUUUUUUGUUGGAUCGGGUGCUAUAUCGUGGAUGUCAAAGAAAUAA